GGCCAUGUGCUAGACACCACUGCUGCACUGUGGUUGUGGACCAAGCCCUGCAGCUGUAGGGUAGUGGAGGAAAAAUGUCAGGGAGGGAGGAAGAAUAAGAACUGCUGGCUUGAGAGGUAGUUGCAAGAGGUGAAGAGGAGGAAUGAAGAUCUGUGGAAAAAUGGAGGCUUAUUUUAUUGUUGCAAAGCCACGAGCUUGCAACUGAAGAAGUUCGCAGACUUCUCCAGAGGGUUCAAUUCAGUGCUAUUUUCCUGGUAAGAGAGGUUUCAGGAAGAGACAAACAACAAAAUGAAUAAUCCAGCUAUUAAGAGAAUAACAAAUGAAAUUAUCAAAUCACCUGAGGAUAAACGAGAAUAUCGUGGGCUGGAAUUGGCAAAUGGCAUUAAAGCUCUUCUCAUUAGUGACCCCACCACAGAUAAAUCUUCAGCAGCACUUGAUGUGCACAUAGGAUCCUUGUCCGAUCCCCCCAACAUUGCCGGGCUUAGUCAUUUUUGUGAGCAUAUGUUGUUCCUGGGAACCAAGAAGUAUCCAAAAGAGAAUGAGUAUAGCCAAUUCCUUAGUGAGCAUGCCGGGAGCUCAAAUGCUUUCACAAGUGGAGAACAUACCAACUAUUACUUUGAUGUAUCACAUGAACAUCUGGAAGGUGCUCUAGACAGAUUUGCCCAGUUUUUCCUGUGCCCUUUGUUCGAUGAAAGCUGCAAAGACAGGGAAGUGAAUGCUGUUGAUUCUGAGCAUGAGAAGAAUCUGAUGAAUGAUGCCUGGAGGUUGUUUCAAUUGGAGAAGGCUACUGGAAACCCCAAUCAUCCCUUCAGUAAAUUUGGAACAGGGAACAAACUCACUCUGGAAACUAGACCAACCAAAGAAGGAAUAGAUGUAAGACAAGAGCUAUUGAAGUUCCAUUCUACUUAUUAUUCAUCAAAUUUAAUGGCUAUUUGUGUCUUAGGAAGAGAGUCCUUGGAUGAGCUGACUUGCUUAGUGGUAAAGUUAUUUUCAGAAGUAGAGAAUAAAAAUGUACCUAUACCAGAGUUUCCUGAACAUCCUUUCCAAGAAGAACAUCUCCGGCAACUUUACAAAGUGGUACCCAUUAAGGACAUUAGAAAUCUUUAUGUUACAUUUCCUAUACCAGACCUUCAGAAGUACUAUAAAUCAAACCCUGGCCAUUACCUUGGUCAUCUGAUUGGGCAUGAAGGCCCGGGAAGUCUUUUAUCAGAGCUUAAAGCCAAAGGAUGGGUAAAUACUCUUGUUGGAGGACAGAAGGAAGGUGCUAGAGGUUUCAUGUUUUUCAUCAUUAAUGUGGACUUGACAGAAGAAGGACUUUUGCAUGUUGAAGAUAUAAUUUUGCACAUGUUUCAGUAUAUUCAAAAGCUACGUACAGAAGGACCUCAGGAAUGGGUUUUCCAAGAGUGCAAGGAUCUAAAUGCUGUGGCAUUCAGAUUUAAAGAUAAGGAACGACCACGAGGUUAUACAUCAAAGCUUGGAGGAAUGUUGCAUUAUUAUCCUAUAGAAGAAGUAUUGGCUGCUGAAUAUUUGCUUGAAGAAUUCAGGCCUGAUUUAAUAGAGAUGGUACUGGAUAAAUUGAGACCAGAAAAUGUUCGAGUUGCAAUAGUUUCCAAGUCUUUUGAAGGAAAAACUGAUCGAACAGAAGACUGGUAUGGAACACAGUACAAGCAAGAAGCAAUUUCUGAUGAAGUUAUUAAGAAAUGGCAAAAUGCUGACCUGAAUGGGAAAUUCAAGCUUCCAAUGAAGAACGAGUUCAUUCCUACUAACUUUGAGAUUUUGCCAUUGGAAAAAGAUGCAACACAGUACCCUGCCCUCGUCAAGGACACUGCUAUGAGCAAACUGUGGUUCAAGCAAGAUGACAAAUUUUUUUUGCCAAAAGCUUGUCUCAACUUUGAAUUUUUCAGCCCAUUUGCUUACGUGGAUCCCUUGCAUUGUAACAUGGCCUAUUUGUACCUUGAACUACUCAAAGACUCCCUCAACGAGUAUGCAUAUGCAGCAGAACUAGCUGGCUUGAACUAUGAUCUCCAAAAUACCAUCUAUGGGAUGUAUCUUUCUGUAAAAGGUUAUAAUGACAAGCAACAUAUCUUGCUCAAGAAGAUCAUUGAGAAAAUGGCUACCUUUGAGAUCGAUGAAAAACGAUUUGAAAUAAUCAAGGAAGCGUACAUGAGAUCACUUAACAACUUCAGAGCUGAACAGCCUCACCAGCAUGCGAUGUAUUAUCUCCGACUCCUGAUGACAGAAGUUGCUUGGACCAAAGAUGAAUUAAAAGAAGCUCUAGAUGAUGUCACUCUUCCCCGCCUCAAGGCCUUUAUAGCUCAACUGUUGUCACGGUUACACAUUGAAGCACUUCUCCAUGGCAAUAUAACAAAACAGGCUGCACUAGGAAUUAUGCAGAUGGUUGAGGACACACUGAUUGAGCAUGCUCAUACAAAGCCCCUCCUUCCCAGUCAAUUAGUGAGAUACAGAGAAGUGCAACUUCCUGACAGAGGUUGGUUUGUAUAUCAACAGAGAAAUGAAGUUCAUAAUAAUUGUGGCAUUGAAAUAUAUUACCAGACAGACAUGCAAAGCACUUCUGAGAAUAUGUUUCUGGAACUCUUUUGUCAAAUUAUCUCAGAACCGUGCUUCAAUACUCUGCGCACCAAGGAACAAUUAGGUUACAUUGUGUUCAGUGGUCCACGUCGGGCAAAUGGCAUACAAGGACUGCGAUUUAUUAUACAAUCUGAAAAGCCACCACACUAUUUAGAAAGCAGAGUUGAAGCAUUCUUAAAAACUAUGGAGAAAUGCAUAGAAGAUAUGACAGAAGAGGCCUUCCAAAAACACAUACAAGCUUUAGCAAUUCGUCGUCUAGACAAACCAAAGAAGCUGUCUGCAGAAUGUGCUAAAUACUGGGGUGAAAUCAUUUCCCAGCAGUAUAACUUUGACAGAGAUAACAUUGAAGUGGCUUAUCUAAAGACCCUGACCAAGGAUGAUAUUAUACAGUUCUACAAGGUGCUGUUGGCAAUAGAUGCUCCCAGAAGGCACAAGGUAUCAGUACAUGUCCUUGCAAGGGAAAUGGAUUCCUGCCCUGUUGUUGGAGAAUUUCCAUGCCAAAAUGAUGUGAACCUGGCACCAGCACCACCACUACCACAGCCAAGUGUGAUUGAAAAUAUGACAGAAUUCAAGCGCAGUCUGCCACUCUUCCCACUGGUGAAACCACAUAUCAAUUUCAUGGCUGCAAAACUGUGAAGAACCCCAAUGGAUGAAGAAAUGCAAAUGAUCAGUACUGACAUGAUUUCAGGGGACUUCAUGAUGAACAAAAUGAUUAAAGAUCAUUAGGAUGAAUGGUUCUGUCCAUUAUGAAAGUCCUGAAUUCCUUCUUGGUUCAUUUGACAUUAGCUGUGUGUUAGGGAUAGAGAGUAUAUCAAAAUCAGUUGUGGUCAUGUGUCAUUUAUAUUACAGACAACCUGUUGAAAACCAAAAUCAACUGAAACAAUAAUAAUAAAAAACUUGUAGAUGCAGUAUAUUUUUAAAAUAGUAUAUCCCUUCAAAAUUUCAUUUUGAUAAGAUAACCCUCCAGAGCAAACAAAAUUGCUUGAAAUAUCCUUGUUACUCCUGAAAAACACUAUUUAGUAUCCCAAUAAUUAUCUUAUUGGGGACUGGAGGGGGUGAGGAAAAGUAGGUCCUUUUUGGGGUGUAGGCAACAAUUUUUCGUAAAAAUAGAGACUUUCACAUUUUUUUGAAGUGAUGUGUUGAAUGAUACUUUUUUAAUUGAUCCUUAAUGCAACCAACAUAUUUUCUAUUUAAGUUUUAUGAAGACCAGUGGGGGGGGGAAGAAAAGGAAAUUUGACAACAUGGUAGUAAGUGUGGAGAGAAUUGUCUUAAUGAGAAUAAUUGAAGAUAUGGGCAUGAUUUUAAUCUUUCUAUACAAAUUGGGGGACAUUUUAUAUUAAAACUAGUAAAAUGCUGGAAACACUUUAAUAGUGCAUCUUAUUUUUGUUAUCAAAAGUGUUGUCCCAGUCUCUUGAUACUGUCAACAUCCCAUUCAGUUUUUUAGUGUUAUUGUGAAUUGUUUCCACUUGGUAUAUAAAAUACUUUAUUUGCUGUCAUUUUUUUUGUUUUCAGUUGUGCAUGUACUGAUGGAGAACUGAGUCUGUUUUGCCUCAUUAUGUUAGGUCUGAGUCCAGCAAAGCACUUAAUAGUGCAACUAACUUUAAGCACGCAUUAGUUCUUGACUCAAGAACAGGCGACAGCUACGGGCCCUGUCAUGAAUCAGAUACAUUAUUGUUCUGAUAUGUCUGGGGGGGUCCUUCUUGUUCCUUCAGGAAGGUAUUUGGGACAGUGCAGUACUGCCAUAGCACAGGGUGUGGUGCAGGUUACAUCACAGAAUGUUUCUUCCUACUUCUUUUAAGGCGGCUGCACAGAACCUAGAAGGAUGAAGAGUUGUGCUGCAAUUAUAUAUACAUGUAUAUGUAUAUAUAUUCCAUAAUUUAGUAGAAUGGCAAAACAAUAAUAUAUGGUGCCUAAUCUUCACCAAGUAUACUGACUUCUGCAGAGUGGUCAUUCACUUGGUACAGCCCCAAAAUAGAAGAAGGUAAGGGAGCAUCUUACCAAGUUCUCCUACCUGUUUAAUGCAUAAAAUUGAUUGUAAGUUUUCAGACAGGAUGGAGUAUGCAAAGCACUGAAGAUAUAAAAUCUGCUCGUCAGGGGUGUUACUGAGAGUUUGGUUCCUAUUAAAAGAACCUGAAGUUAAGGCCCUGAUGUGACAUGGGUGUUGUCACAUGUCGGAAUCCAGGUAUAUUUGAUAGGGCUGUUCUUGUAAUUGAAGCAAUGUUUUUUCUUACACUGGCUUCGAAGCCAAAUUAAAUGAAUGCUUGACAGGGUAAGGGCCUUAAGUUGUGUUUAUCUGAGAGUCUCUUUUAAUUGAAUAAUUACAGUGUAUUUAAAAGUUGUUUUAAAGGUUAUCAGCACAUGUCAACACCUUUUUAAUAAAUUUGAUGAUAGUUUGUGAUGUAACUUGUUGCCAAGGAAGGCCACUAGCAUUUUCUUUUCAUAGUCUGAGAAAAAAUAUUAAACAUAAUAUAAGCAAAACCAGUCAAGGUGUCUGUGUUCACCACAUUUUUCAUGGAUCAUCACAUAAAAUGGGCUUUUUACCCUCUUGCAUUUCGCUUUUGUUUAUAGUUUUUCUUUAGUCAAAGUAUUUGUAUUAUAUAUAUUAAAAGUUUUGACAACAUAUUAUAAAAAUAUAUAUUUUGGGAUUUAGUAUUUAAACAUACCACUCUUACGAUGAAUAAAAUGAAAUGGCUUCUAUCGUGUGUAAAAAUAAAUAGAUAUAUAUAUAUAUUCAUGGAAGUACUAUUGACUCUAACAAAUUCUAUACAUAAAUUGGAAUAGCAGUUUAUUUAACACCAGCUCACAAAUCAUGUUUUCUAGAGGAAAAAAUGUAGAAUUUCAGAGUUCUCUGACUGGAUGUGGAAACCCAUGUAGUUCUCCAGCAACUCUUAAUUACUUUUAAGUGUUCUCCAGCAUUUUACAGUUUCUGAGUUUGAUAUAGCAGUAAAUUUUGAUAAACUCAGGCAUACUAAUGGGUUCAUUUUAAUGGAUCCAAAGCUGCAGUGUCUACAAGCAAUAAAAAACUACCUAGAAUACACUGUAAUUCAAUUUUAGUGCUUGUUAAUUAGUUUGUGUAAGAAACCAUAAAUUAUUAUUACAUAACUGUAAUUUUUGCAAGUGCUAUUUUAAGCAGUUGAUGUGGAAUUGGGUGCAUGUGACACAGCCAGUAUGACAGAGUGCUAGAGUUAUUCUGUUUACAAUAAACAAUCUGAAUUUAAUGUUUGGAGUUCUUAAUUUGUUUCAUUUUAAUUUUUUUGCAUACUGGUAAUGUUACAUCUAUCAGUCUGUGCAAGUGUUUUAUUAUACGUUGAUUGUGAUUUUUCUGCUAGCCAGUUGCUUGGACUAGUUAGGCCGAAUAGCGUUGCUGCUGGAGAAGUCUUCCCAGUCACUUCUGGGCAAGUUUCCCAGGAUUUCCCCAUGUGGUAACCAACACCUUUUAGGUAGAUCCACCUCUGUUGCUCUCUGAGUGUAUGAAAACUAAAUAAUAUAAAGGUAGAAAUAUUUGCACAAGACAGAAUUUUAAUUAUCAAAUCUGAAAUUGUAAAUGCAGAAGCAUCACUGCAGCCAGACUGAAUUGUGCCUAGUGCAGCUUUACAGUGUUGUUUUUGAGAAAUUCCUUUCCCUAGUCAUUUUCUUUGCUUUAUGCACACCAAAAGAUUACGUUUCAAAAAGUUAGGAUUAAGUGUGGUGGUUAGAACAGUAAAUAGUGUCAGUUCUGAACUCUGACAGUGUAAAGAUACAAGUCAGCAGGCACUUCUGCUGUUCUGAUGGGGCUCCUUGAAGUAGUAUCUGACAGCUAGCAACGUCAGAAGAGACAGGUUUUGUCCUUGGCAUUGGGAAGAGUGGUUGGUACUCUGAGCAGAGAAACAAAAUGCCUGCAGCCCACCUGGAAAAUUAUUUGUCCCCAACAUCAGGGCUCUCUUUCUCCCCUCCCUAAUUGCACCAAUAAUUAGGGAUUGGUGUAAAUCUUGAUAUAUUGGCUCUAUUGUCUUUUACAAAAAAAUCAAGCUAUCUGAUUUAAACUAUUAUUGUUAGAGCUUUUUCAGAAUAUUGUUUAGGCACUUGAACAUGAACAGCCCUUACCCAUAAUGUGUUCCACAGGGUAAUCGUAAUGUGUGGAGAAAGCCUUACACAUCUUUUUAACUUCAUUUAUUAUUUUCUAGCUCUUGUUUUAACACAAGUUCAGCAGAAUCUUAGUGUACCUUCUCGCUGCCAUUUAACUGGUCAGAAUGCUUUUGCUACAGGUAUGCUGUAAAGUGAAAAACAGGUAUCUUCUACACCUUUCUUCAUGGUUUUUUUUUCCAUAUUUUCUCAAUAGCUGACCAUUGAACUGAUAUGGUCAUCUGUAAUGACACCUGGGCCCUUCUCUUGAGCUGAUCCCUAAUUUGAUACUCAAAUCCAACUCUGAAAUACUUUAUUUUCAAGUGAGUUUUUAAUAUUGGUGCUGCAUGCUGCACAAUACAAGGCACUUCUGUACUAUUUUAAAGGCAGAAGAGAUCAGAAAGUCAGGCGGCUUUCUUACCUUCCAUGUAAUAUCAAAAGCAGCUUGCCCUAUGUAGACCCUGCUGAAAAGCUUUUAUUUGAAACAUUUCGAUUGCUAUUUACCAUUCAAAGAAUAUACUCGUAAGUUACAGUAUGUGCUGUUGGUGGAAUAGAAAUGCUAAUGGUAUGUGAAAUCUGAAUUGCAGUUCAGAGGAAGAAAGUGUGUAAGGC